UCAGGUAUACUCUCUCUUAAUUAUGAUUCUUAUUGCAUCCAAGUCAGUUUAGCCUAUAUAUUGUCAUUAUUUUUUCAUACAGUCACACAAGGCCUUCGACGAUUGACCACAUAUAUAAAUUAUUUCAGAUGAACAAGGACUAAUGAAACCCCAAAGUAAACACUGUUUCUCUGCACAGCACCAGAGGCCAAAUUUAAUUUUUAUGUACCAAAACUAUUGAAUGAAAACAAACAUGUGCACUGUUUUCAUCACAUGAGCACACCGAGUGUGUGGUGUGUUUUUUGUUUUCAACCAACAUGCAGUUGUUAUAUUAUUAUAAAAGAACAAAAACUGCCAAUAAAUCAGUAUAAUCAAGGAAACCCGGAAACAAUUAUGGUUUCACUUUGCUUCCACAAGACAACAACUGUUGGGUAUAAAAAUGGAUAUUCCGAGUCUAAUUUGAGUCCCUGAACGCGGCAUGAUUCCUUCUUUGGCCUCGUUGGCUCCUCCGUACUAGUCCAGCUAUUGUUGUGUGUCUUCUCGGGGCAACCCCGGUCCAUCAGCAGGCGGUGAUUUCUGCUCAUUUUAGCGUUGUACCUCGCUGUUUCGUCGCCAUAUUAAGACCAGCGCGUGGUCGGGCGAUUUCUCCUCGCUGUAAAGAAUUAAAAGGACAGUACUUUGUGCCGGCGAAGUAGUUAAUCGGCAUGGGACGGUCUGAGCACUGAGAUUCCACGUUACAGGCUACUGGUAUCGGCUGCGUGUGUUCGUUUUGGAUUGUGGAAGGGAAUUGAAAACUAAAACACAAAAACGUGGAGGGAAGAAGGAUCACAGGACGCAUGUAGCCGAAGUACAACACUGCCGAGGUUGGUUUUAAGGGGCUGGGAUUUACCGGGAGACGGGGAGGAUCCUGACAUCCUCCUGGAGGCAGCGGGCGCCGCUUCGCCGUGGUCGCCGGCUGCUGAUUGGAGGCUUUCCCUUCCGAUGCGCCGCGAGCACACAGGCUUGAUGAUGGGUUGCGUCAGGAGUAAAGAGGAUAAGACACCAAAGUACCGACCCGACAACUCCAAUGCCACGCCGGCCAGCACCCACCAGGGCCCCUACGGGCCCGACCCCACCCUGAUGGGCCACUCGCCAGCUCUGAAGAUGCACAACAACAGCUACAACAGCCACGCCGCCGCCCUCACGCCCUUCGGCGGAGCCUCUUCGGUCAUGGCGCCUUUCGGCGGCGCCUCCACGUCCUUCACCUCGGUGGCCGUGAGCAGCCCCUUCCCCGCGGUGAUCACAGGCGGCGUGACAUUUUUUGUAGCUCUAUACGACUAUGAAGCGAGGACGUCGGAUGACCUGUCGUUCAAAAAAGGAGAUCGCUUUCAGAUUAUAAACAACACGGAAGGUGACUGGUGGGAGGCUCGCUCCAUCAACACUGGACAGAAAGGUUACAUCCCCAGUAACUACGUGGCCCCGGCUGACUCCAUUCAGGCUGAAGAGUGGUACUUUGGGAAAAUGGGACGCAAAGACACUGAACGUCUAUUACUGCAUCCAGGGAACCAGCGGGGUACUUUCUUGGUACGAGAGAGCGAAACAACCAAAGGUGCCUACUCUCUGUCUAUACGGGACUGGGACGAGGUGAAGGGCGACAAUGUCAAACACUACAAAAUCCGCAAGCUGGACAACGGCGGUUAUUACAUAACCACAAGAGCCCAGUUUGAGACGCUGCAGAAGCUGGUGAAACACUACACAGAACAUGCUGACGGUCUGUGCUGCAGGCUGACGACCGUGUGUCCCACCGUGAAGCCGCAGACUCAGGGACUUGCUAAAGACGCCUGGGAAAUCCCACGAGAGUCGCUCAGACUGGAAGUCAAACUGGGCCAGGGCUGCUUCGGGGAAGUCUGGAUGGGUAGUUUGCUGGACUUCCUGAAAGAGGGCGAUGGGAAAUAUCUGAAGCUGCCUCAGCUGGUGGACAUGGCUUCACAGGUAGGAUCAACACCUAACGGCUAA